AUGGAGGAUCUAGAAGACUUAAUAUGGGGCCCAAAUAAACCUCAAACUCAAACAAUUGCUUCAAAGUCUUUAAACGACUUAAAAGCCACCCCAAAACUAUCAACCACUUCCUCCUCAACAACAACUACGUCAACAUCAGCCACCCUACCAAUUUUUAAGACUGUGUGCUCUACUCCUUCAACUAAACCAACUCAUCGUUCUACCAAUUCCAUAAUAGAUCAAUUUGAUCUAUUAUUAGGAAAUUCUAACAAAUCUAAUCCUCCUCUUCCUUCUGUUGAUUCCGCAAAUAAUUUAAUAAAUCAAAUAAUUUCACAUAAUUUACCACCAAAGAACCAUAAUACUUCAAAUAAUAAUGGAACAAAUCAACGGGAUAUAGACUUAUUAACUAAUAAUCCAACAAACAUUUCAAGUAUACCUAUUUCUUAUUCUGAAAAUAAUGAUUUACUGGACCUAGGCAUUCCAUGUAAUCCCGUCAUCAUAAGUGAUAAACCACCACCAAAACCACCAAGAUCAAGAAAACCUCCCUUGCCAUCUAGAUCAACUAAACCAAAUAUAGAUUUAUUGAGUGCAUCAAAACAAUUAAAAAAUUCUGAAACCAAUAAAACUAAAGGAAAUGGUUUUUUUAAAUUGGGUCAAUUUGGUGAAGCUGAAAACCAUUAUUCACUGGCAAUUAACUCUCUCCCUUCAAAUCACCUACUUCGUGUGGUCCUUCACAAUAACCGAGCUGCUGCUCGACUCAAAAAUGGAAACCAUCAUGGUUGUGUGGAGGAUUGCUCAUUGGCAAUUGAAUUGAUUGAUGACUACAUGUUACCAUUACCACCUGACAUUGACAUAAAUAUAAAAGAUCAGUAUACUAAAGCUUUAUUAAGACGUGCUUCUGCUUAUGAAGCAAUGGAAAAAUAUGAUUUUGCAAAACAUGAUUAUCAAAAAAUAAUUUAUGUUGAUCCUAAUGUUGGGAAAAAUAUUAAUGAGGGCUUGAGAAGAUGUCAAAAGGCUAUUAAAAUGAUGUACAAUGAUAAUUUCUCUACUUCAUCAAUUAGCAAUAAUGACAAUAAUAAUAGUCUUAAUAUGAGAACUACAACAACAACACAGCCAUUAUCAUUUUCAUCAAGUACAUUUGGGGUCCCAUUAAAUGCAUAUGGUUUCAUAGAUCCAAUAGUGGAACAAAAAACAAUGAUGCAACCAAUUGAUCCUAAUAAUCCUGCAGUGAUGAGACUACGUGACAAAGCACAAAAACAAGAGUGGGAGGAGGUUGAAAAGCUAAGAUUGAAGGAUCAAGUUGAUAAGAAACUGUUGUUAUGGAAAAGUGGCAAAGAAUCAAAUAUAAGGGCAUUGAUUAGUAGUCUUGAUUUAAUAUUAUGGCAUGAUCUUGAUUGGAAAAAAAUUGGAUUGCAUGAAUUGGUUACUCCUUCACAAGUUAAAAUAAAAUACAUGAAGGCUAUUUCGAAGUUACACCCAGAUAAACUUAAUCAUUCAACUACCACUAUUGAACAAAGGCUUAUAGCCAAUGGAGUAUUUUCUGUUUUAAACGAUGCCUGGGAUACUUUUAAAAUACAAAAUAAUUUAUAA